AGUUUAUCAUUUGAUAAUAUUUCCGGUUUCCGGACGUGGCAACUUUUCCAAACAAGAAAAACAAGUUUUUGGCACAAUGGAAAAUUGCUUAAACUUUUUGUGACUAUUUUCAAUAAAAAUUGUUUUACUAGUGUGAAAUAAACAAAAAUAUCUGUCUAAUGUUUACAGUUGUACCGUAUGGGAAAUAUCGCAAGAAGAGAGCUUAGAAGUCGAUACUGAAUACGAUUUACGUUUGGCGAAUAUUUUAAUAAAAUAUAAAUUUAUGUAAAAUACUUUUCUAAUAUGACACAUAAUAUUGAAGAAGUAACAUUUGAAGAAUUAGAAGCAACAGAUGUUAUAUCAGUAGAGUUGGUUCCGGAGCGUAAGGGACUUAUUUUAAAACAUUGUGAGUAUUAUGUAAGCUCAAGACGACAUGGUACAACUGUUACAAGACGAUACAAUGAGUUUGUGCAGCUCUAUGAUGUCUUAUAUGCCAAGUAUCCUUAUCGUGUGUAGCUUGCCUCCUAAACGUGUGGUUGUUGGAGGUGGUAGUCCACUGUUCCUACAGCGUCGUCGUGCAGCAUUACAGCGUUGGUUAACGCUAGUAGCAAGACAUCCAGUGCUUGCCCAUGAUGCAGAUCUUAGGACAUUCUUAUGUGAAACAUCUCCAAGAUUAGACAAACCCAAACACGAUGAGUUCAUACUGGCGGGUACACAAGAAGAUAAUGCAGGUGAUUUGAGUACAGAUGAGAUGCAGGAAUCAUUCGUAUCAGAGCAAGAGCAACUUCGAUUAGCGCACUUGGGCUUAGGAAGACUCUUCAAAAUUUUCGAGAAAGUCGAAGGCCGCUGCGAUGCCGAGCGUACCGAUAUACGGGAAUUGGGGGCUGCAUUGAACGCGCUCUCCUCCCCAGCUGUUGCGGACACCGCAAGAUGGUCGCGCAUGAGAGAUGCGAUGAAAGCCGCCGCCGAACUAGCAAUAGAAACGGGCGAGACUCAGCUCGAGGUGACGGAAGAGGAGGCGAUGGACGGCAUGUUGCUGGCGCUUGACGCGGUGGGCGCCUACCGACAGCUGUGCUCGCGACUGACGCGCGGCCUGCACGCCGAGCGCGCCGCCGCCGCCGCCGCCGCGCCGCAGUGCGCCGCCGCCCGCGCGCUGCGGGCUCGCCACCGGUACGCGCUGCGCUGCGCUGUCGAGGAGGCUCGGAUAGCUCGAGUCUACGCUCUCUCAGCGUUGGAAUUACUUCCUGAGCUUUUGCGCACAUUGGGCACAGCACAUGCGCGGGUAGCAGCUGUAUGGGCAGACUUACAUACCGCCUUACGACAUCCAAAUUCCAAACAAACUGCAAGAGAUUAAAUAUAUAUUGUCUAAAUGAUCAAUGUCAUGAUAUUAAUUCAAAAAUAUCAAGUCAAUCUUGAUGUCCAGAGAUAUUAUUGAGUGAUACCUAUAAUAUUAUCUUAAAUGUUAUUUCUUCAAUUUAAUGUGUAGUUAUGCUUAGUAUAAGAUUUAAUUAUUUUAUAUGAAUUUGGCUGGUGCACUGGUAACAGUUUACAAUUACUUUUACGAUGGAUGAUCAUUCCAACAUCCUAAUCUUGUCACUGACUUACAAAAGGUCUAAUAAACUAUACUAAUCUACUAAAUAUGAACACCUUUUGUAAUGAUAGCCCCUUAUUUGGUAUUUAAUGAAUGGACUAUGAUGUUAAGUAUAAGAUAAGUAUUUCUAAGAUAGAAAAGGAGAAGCGGUAGAUCUGAGGAUAGUAAUGCAUUAUGUACAUUACGCUGCACCUGCACCGGUAACACGUGUAAACUGUUAUCUGAGCUUUCAUCUCUGGUAUAAUAUAUAUGUAUCAUAGUAAUCUCAAUAAUUCUCGAUUAUAUAUUCAUAG